AUGAAAACUUGCCAAGCAUGGACUUAUGAGAAGAAGAAGAUGUUGGCGUUGCUUUUCAUUUUGCAUGUUGGUGUAUUGGGACUUCACCGCAACAGUCGAAUCCCGUUGGCUUUAGCCAAAACAGUUAUGGAUGAAGCAGCUUUCGAGAGACAGCCGUGGGGUCGUCAUGGAUUCCAUGAACUAAUUUAUUCCCUCAAGAUUGCUAACUUGGGGGGAGCACGAUACACUCUCCACGGAUGUGUACAGGCAAUGCUUGUUUGGGGUUAUGAGUGCAUCCCUAUAUUGGCUGAGAGAGCAGGGAAAAUACGCCCCGAUGUAGAUGACUCGGUUGUUCCUCUUCUGAGGUGGACUUCAUCACGGUGUCGUUAUGUUUUCGAGACUCUUUUGGAGAUGGAUAAGAGUGAAACCGAGGACCACAAGGUUCGGGUUAGACAUCUAAUGGUGGUGAAGCCCUUGGAGGAAAUAUAUCCUGUCUGGGAAGGUGAACCCCGACGUGUAGAAGUCGAUAUAAAGGUGCAUAACAUGAUAUGCGAUAUUCUGGAUGGAAGCUUGGAUGAGGGGUUCUGGGAAUCUCCCAAAAACGUAGGUGGCGAUGCAACAGGUGGCGAUGCAACAGGUGGUGCUGCAACAGUUCAGACGCCAAAACAGUCGAAGAGGAAGUUGGAAACUCCACGCGUGGAGAAGAAAAAGAAAGAGAAGGUGAAAGAGGCCCCCAGCAACGGAUUCAACUCCGAGAAGCAAAAGGAGAAGGGAAAGAGAGGCAAGGAAAGAAGAGACGAAGCACGAAAACAAGGAGAAAAAGAAACGUAA